GAGCAUCAUGGGAGCCGUAGUCCCGUUUCGGCAGCGUUCGCCGAACUCGCGAAUAGUGAACUCUGGGAGCGAGAUUAUGGGCCGGAGGCUGAUCCGACGGGGGGGGGACCAUAAGUGACGAAAGGAAAUGAAAGGCCGAGAACGUGUUAUUAUCGGUAUAAAAAUAUAUAGAGAGAGGUAAAGAUCGCCAGGGUGGAAACUACACUUCCCAGAAUGCACUGCGUGUGAACCGGAAGUGGACUGGAGAGAAACAGCUGAGAGAUACAGACCCGUGGAUUGUUGUUAUCGUCUGAUGAAAGAUCCUUCAGCUUUAGGAUGUAUCAGAAUAACCUAGAUGAGGAGGAGUUUAUCACUAUACGUGUACAGGACCCCCGACUGCAGAAUGAGGGAUCAUGGACCUCCUAUGUGGAUUAUAAAAUAUUCCUUCACACAAAAAGCAAGGCGUUCACUGCCAAGACAUCCUGUGUCAGGAGGCGAUACCGGGAGUUUGCAUGGCUGAGAAAGCAGCUUCAGAAAUAUGCCGGAUUAGUGCCGGUACCAACAUUACCAGGAAAACUUCCCUUUCACAUCGGUUGCACUGAUGACUUUAUCGAGCAGAGGCGGCGGGGGCUCCAGCAGUUUUUGGAACAAGCUGUACAGAACAUGGUCCUCUUGUCGGACAGUCAGCUCCAUCUCUUCCUGCAGAGCCAGCUCUCAGUGGGUGACAUUGAAGCCUGUGUUAAUGGGCAUCGACCGUAUACAGCUACUGAAGCAAUCCUAAAUUAUGCCAUGUCCAACAGAGGAUGGACGCAAGAAGAAAAUCUGUCUAGCUAGUAGAGAAGGACUUGAAUUACAACCGCUCAUCCUCUACCUGGUUACUGUAGGUGUAAAGGGAAAGGACUCCACCUAGGACACUAUGGGGGAGAUUUAUCAAAACCUGUGCAGAGGAAAAGUUGUGCAGUUGCCCAUAGCAACCAAUCAGAUUUCUUGUUAAAAAGGAAAAAAGCGAUCUGAUUGGUUGCUAUGGACAACUUUGCCUCUGCACAGGUCUUGAUAAAUCUCCCCCUAUGCACUUUAACUUGGAAUUAUUUUAGAAAUUGGCUCAGACCUCCCGUCACGUCACCGCUCCAGAUGCGAUUCUGGCACUUUACUUGUGGAUUAAGGUGUUCUUCGUUUUCAGGAAUAUUUCACACUGGAAUACGCUGUUUCAUGCAUAAAUCUGAGAAUUGCUUUGAUAAUGAUUCAACUGGAAUCUGUCUAUGAAAAGAUGGGGCCUGUAUGGGGAGCAGCUGGUGACCUGCAUUGUGGAUGUAUGGCACUGACUGUAUUGUUUACUACUCCUCCCAGCAUUACCAAGACCUGUACAUCUGGGGCCACACUUUGUUUCCAGAGUAUUUGUGAGGCCACCUGGUAUACGUCUCGGAUGUCAAACUGGUGUCCUAGGGAAAAGCUUGAUCUAGGUUUUCAGCCUUUCUGCUUUUUAAGGCUCAGUAUAAAAAUGAAAAUUGUAAUACAUCAAAAAACGUUCCCAGUAUCCUCCAGGACUGCACUAUCUAAGGCUGCAUUCACACCUCAUUUUUACCUUACGGGGGCCGGAUCUGGCUGGGGGAGGGGCAGACCAGGCUCUCCCGAACACCAGCCGGACCAGCGCUGAAAUCCAUUUAAAUUAAUGAGCCGAGUGGAGUCAAACUGUGACUCUGGUCGGCUCAUUUUUGACCCGUAUGCGGUUUCCUGACCGGACCUAAAACCGUUGUAUGCUACGGUUUUAGGUCCGGUCACAAAACCAGAUAUGGGUAAAAAAUGAGCCGACCGGA